AUGCAGCGUAAGAUCCUGGACUCGAUCACGCGCUUUGUCUCAGAAUCCGAUUGGGUAUUGCUUGACGCAGACUUGACUACCGCGGACCUUGCAGACGCGAUCCGGCACAUGAAGGCAUCGUCAGCACCAGGCAUGGACGGCUUGACCGCUGGGUUCUAUCAAGUAGCUCCAGACGUCUUUGGCAAGUGUCUCGCGAUUGUCUUCAACGACCGGCUACAUCGUAGUGAGUUGCUCGCAUCCCAGCGCAAGUCGGCUGUCGUGCUGCUGCAUAAGAAGGGCUCUCGCGCUGUGCCAGGCAAUUACCGGUCGAUCACCAUUAUGCCCGUCGACGUGAAGACACUGUCGAAGGCGCUAGUGCGUCGCAUCAUCAUGACAAUCGGUCACUUGAUCCAUGCUGAUCAGAAAGGCUUCGUCAAUGGCCGCUCGAUCCACCAUUAA